CACUCCACAUCGGUCCUUGCACAUUUGUUCGUUCCUUUUGCUUCAUCAUUCACUUGAUAUAGCCCACGGUGAGGCGCGCCAGUUUCGGGAGAUUUCAUUGUGCGACAGUGAGCGCAGAUCUUGGGACAACAGAAUGUUCGAUCAGCUAACAAACGCCAAAAGCCUUGCGCGCUCUCGACGAUUCAUGACCUGACUCUCUCAUUUCGCCAUUCCUACGCGCCCGUCGCUUCACAAUGUCCACGAGAAAACUUAUCCCUUUCCUCGCCUUGACCGUCGUUCUCUUCGUCCUUUUCCUCUACCAGAGUACCACGGUUCGCGACACAUGGCGAGGGCUGCCGCAGCAUGUUGGGCUGGGAGAACACAUUGGAGACGAUAAACCUUCAGAGAACCAGGAGGAGUUGCCGCAGGGCCAACAAAAGGAUCCAGAUUAUGUAAAUUGGAAUCCGAAACCGAACUUCACACCAGGCAGCGCGAUGCCGCCGGGGCACAACUACAGUUCGGUGCUUGUUAUCGCAAAGACCAAGGAGGAAGACACCACCUGGAUGGACAGAGAGAUUCCUGACCAAGAGAAGGCAAUAUACGUCGCUGAUGACCCCACGGCGCCGCUCCACCCGCCUAAGAACAAGGGACACGAGGUUAUGGUGUAUUUAUCCUGGAUCAUCGACAACUACGAUAAUCUACCGGAUGUCGCUAUAUUCAUGCACGCCCAUCAGUUAACAUGGCAUAACGACGACAUCUUGGAUAACAACGCCGCGAUACUGGUCAAGAGCCUCAGUCGGCAGCGAGUGUGGAGGGAAGGCUUCAUGAACAUGCGGUGCAGUUGGUAUCCUGGAUGUCCAGAUUGGAUGCAUCCCGGUGAAACCGAGGAGAAUGCAUACAAGCAAGAGGAAGUCCUUUUGGCUAAAUCAUGGAGUGAGCUUUUCCCGCUCGACCCCGUCCCGGCCGUCCUGGCGCAACCGUGCUGUGCGCAGUUCGCCCUCUCCCGAGAACGCAUCCAAGCAAAGCCGCACUCGCAAUAUGUUUGGUACCGCGAGUGGCUGUUCUCGACCAAGCUACCAGACUACCUCUCGGGCCGCAUCUGGGAGUAUGUUUGGCAGUUUGUCUUCACGGGCAACAACGUCUUCUGUCCCGAGGAACACAUAUGUUUCUGCGAUGGCUUCGGCAUGUGCUUCGGAGGCAAGCAGGAGUACGACGACUUUACUAAAGUGAAGAACGAGCUGCAUGAUCGCGAGAAUGAUUUGCGGGAGUGGGAGGACAAGAAGAAGGCAAUCGAGGAGGCAAAGGAGGAGGGGAGGUUUGAAGAGGCAAAUCAGUUGGAGGUACCCGAACCCGGGAAGGACCAGGAGUUCAAGAAGGAAAUCGAGCGAAUUCGGCCGAUUGUUGACAAACUCAAGAAUGAAGCGCGAGAGCGAGGAAAGGACCCGAAGAACCGGGCGAAGGAGACGGGGAGGGAGUGGCAUGAUGGAGACGAUUUCUGAAAAGUAGUUUUGGGGAAAAGAAAGCAUCUUUGACGUAUAUCUGUAGUGGUACAAUCUGGCGUAGAAGGCAUCUGCAUUUUGGGGGGCGCAUAGGUUUUGGAAGGCGAGUGGGCAUUUCAAGCCCUUUUUCGCUGUAUGUCCAGUACGUGUUGGUUGGGAACGGUUUUAGAUGUCCGCUGGAUAAUUGAUAUGGCCUUCAAUCUACUGGAAAGCCGAGAUAUCCAACGAAUGA